AUGGCCGACGACUACGGCUAUGAUUUCGACGAGGACUUUGGCCUUGACGAUGGCUGGAUGUACGUGGAAGACGAGUACGGGCUUGUGGACGAGCUCAUCGAAACGCAAAUCGCCGAACCCGGAUACGCGGGCACUAAUUACGAGAUCGACAUGGAGAGCUACGAGUACGACAUGUAUGAGUACUUUGACGAUUUGGAGUAUGCAGAUGAUGCAUAUUGGGAAUAUGAUGUGCACCACAAUACCAGCGAUUCCGCCAAUGCCGCUGGGCUGAAGCGGAAGCGCGUGGUGGCCGCUGGUAAGCUCGGAGACAAGCAGACUGCCGUUGCACACAAACGGAGAAAGGUUGAGCCGUUACAGAGACCCGCAUAUUCUGGUGUGGCUCCGGAAAGUGUGCUGUACAUGAGUCUGGAGAAGCAAGUGGAGGUUGCACUACGGCGGCCACCUACGGUUAAGAAUCUGACUCCGAUCGCGUUCCUGCCGGACUGGAAGAAGCGAUACGCCAACGUCGACGGCAUCAUGCGCAGCGCGGACAUGCCGACAGAUAUGCAGCAAGCCGCUGACGCGCCGCCGGAGGAGACAUCGGAGACACAGGGUGUCGCCGACGCGGAAGUGGGCUUGCUCGGUGGCGGAGCAGAGGACGUGGUCGACGAGGAGGAUGACGACGUCGCGGUUGACGGUGAGAUGCUGAAGACGAUUCUUAGGCAGCGACUUGUGGAGAGUGGUCUGGACGGGUUUGAUGAGGAGGCGUUUAUGACUGCUAUACAAGACAUGCUUAAUAGUGAGCCUGGCGAGGAUGAGGGUUUGGGAAGGUUGGUGGAGAUGCUACUCGGUAAGCCGAAUGCGGACGAGGAUGGCGGCGGAGCUAUCUUGGGCUGGUUGUCUGGGCAGGGUGUGCGACUUGAGACAGGGGAUCAAGAAGUGGAUAGAGACGAGGAAGACGACGAGGAGGGUGUAGAAGUGCCGAACGGAGCGGCGCUCAGCGCGAACGGGUCAUCACAGAGUGAUGCUGAUGCGGAUGCUGCUGGUAGUCACACACGAACAGGGAACGGAACUGCAGAGGUUGAACAGGAACCAGAAGUGGAGAGAUCUAAGCGGCGGCAGAUGCCUACUCCGCCCUUGAGUGGAGGUGGAACGCAAAUGCAUGAUGGCACGCUUCAAGUCUCCUUGAAGAAGGUGUCGAACACAAUACCGGAAAACGGUUCCGUUACAAAGCGUAACUACUUCGCUUCCGCAACAUCCGGCGGAAGUGGCGCUGUAGCAGACGACGGAGUUCUGAUCGCUGCAGUGGAUCAAGCUACCCUGGCAGCAAGAGCGCAACCGAGCCGGUCAACUAGGAAGCGCAAAAAGGCUCCCGAAGACAGUGAGCAGGUUAACGUGCAUGUCAACGGGCUGCGAAGGUUAGUGAAGGAGCCGGCUACGAGGCGGACUAGGAGUGCGAGGGCGGCAGUCGCAAAGGAGUAA